AUGCUCAUGAGGAUCAUCCAGACCCAACCAGAAGUUUCACCUCUGGCACCCCUGGUGUUUCAAAAUGAAGAAAAAGAAGAAGCUGCAUCAGAACUCCCAUCUAAGAGGGUUCUUAGCAUGGGGGAAAUGCAGCUGUCAGAGCUUGUUCCUGAGAACACAUCCAUUGCCAGGUUCCAUAUGACUAGGAAGAGAAAGAAACUCAGUGUUUCUGAGUUUGAGAGAGCAGCAGACAGAAGGCUUCCCCAGCAACAAGCCCAGCCAGCGUUGGACAGCACUGUCUUGGCUCGAUCCCUUCGUGUGUCUGUUGGUUCCUUGAUGCCACCAGACACUGUGGAGAAGAAGGGCUUGCUCCGGAGGCCGAGAAACCGCAGAGCUAUUGAUGUGGAAGCUUUUGAAGGGGGAGUGGAGCAGAACAUGCUGAAGAGAAAAGCACAGGACUAUCUUGUGGACUCGGAAGCAGCCUCUGGGAUGCAAACAGCCAUGCUGACAAAUGAUGCAGAGGUGGUGCUGGAUAGCACAGAGCUCUUUGUUCAGCCUCAGGUUGAAGAACCCAACCAAAACCAACUUUCUGCUCCUGAACCACAGCUAUUGCAUUCCAAAACUUUGGAACAGAGAAGCAAGAUUUUGGAUGCAGCUCAAAAGGAAACAGGGCUGGCGGGCCUGGUAUCCAAGGCAGGCACCAAUGAGGAAGGGACCCAAAGACAUGCUGAGGAGUUGAUCCUUGAGCAUGGUGGUAGAAUGACUCUUGUAUCUCCAGGAACACCUGCAAACCAGAGAGAAGAUCAGCAAGAUCAUUCUCAGGAGGAUAACCCAGUGGAACAGCUUUCUAGCUCAGAAGAGGCGGUGGAUGGCACUGUUAACAGAUGGAGCUCCUCUGUGCCACCCAGAAGGUCCAGUAAAUAUUUGAGAUCCCCAUUCCCUCUAAAGCCUGAGAGAUCUUUCAGCAUGUAUUUGAGAGAAGUGGUGUCCCGUAUCAUUGAAGACCUAGAUGUAAGCGAGACAGAAGAGGAGAUGCCUAAUGCAGUGAAGGAAUUGGAGCAGGAAGAGAUUUUCAGCCAGGCUGCAGAGCAUUGUGCAAAUGCUGGAUAUUCUGAACAUUUGGAGAAGGAACUGACCAAAAAAGCAGUGUCAGAGAGAAGUGUGGAACAAGUGGCCAGAGUUGAAACAGAAAUGGCUCCUUCAGAAGAAAAGGGGGUAGCAGAAGGCAAUGUGGAACACCCAGGCCCUCCUGAAGCUGAAUGUCAGCGUGAUAGUGUUGGAGCUGGAAGUCUGGGCAGGAAUUCUCAUGCUGUUUCCUCCUCUGAGAAGUCUGGGAUGGAGCCAUUAGAGGAAGAUUCUGAGGAAGCAGAGGAACUAGAGCACCAGCCUAUCAUGGUUGAAUUGGAUGACCUGCAAGAUCCUACUGAGGAUGAAUCUGAAGACUCUGCAAGUGAAGAUGUUUCCAUGAAGACACCCACGUUUGUCCGUGCUGCAGCCUCCAAGGUACCAGGGUCAACUGCACGGCCUGCAAAACCUCCUGCUCCCAGGCUGUCCACUCCACAUCCUGCCAAACCUGCUGCUUCCAAGCCUCCUCUCCGGGCUAAGCCAGUUCCACAGAGGAAAAGAAAUGAGUCUGGAGUAGCAAGUAGUUUGAUAAAGAAGAUAUUUAGCCACUAUGUGAAAAUGCCAGUGACCAGAGAAGCUUUCAAAAUUGUUGAAAAAUGCUCUGAGAGAUACUUCAAGCAACUGAGUGAUGAUUUGGAAGUUUAUGCCAAGCAUGCAGGGAGGAAGACAGUGGAUAUGGCUGACAUGGAAGUUCUCAUGAGAAGACAAAAGCUGGUGACAGAGAAGAUGCCACUGCACGUGCUGAUAGAACGUUUCCUCCCUCUGGAGUACAGGAAGCUCCUGAUUCCAGUGGCUGUGAGUGGAAACAAAUUGAUCCCUGGCAAAUGA